UCACACCAUUUGGAGCACAGUACACUCGCAUUGUGCCCACUCAACAACACCAAGCAGCCAUGGGGCAGGCUAGGGCUCAGCUCCUAGCCUCCCUAGCGGCUUUCUACCUCAUCCUGGCAGUCUCCCAUGUCGCCGGCAACAUGGCAGACAACAUUGACAUAAUGUGGGGCAGCUCAAAGUGGGUCACCGACAGCACUGGCCAACAGGCCAUCGCGAUGACUCUCGACCGCUACACCUCCUCCGCAAUCCGGUCGAAGAACGCCUACCGCUUCAGCAGGGUCGACAUGGAUAUCAAGCUCGUCCCCGGGAACUCAGCCGGCACGGUGACCACACUCUAUAUGAUAACAGAGGGGCAGUGGCAGACCCAUGACGAGAUCGACCUCGAGUUCUUGGGGAACAGCAGCGGGCAGCCUUACACCCUGCAUACUAACAUGUAUGCCAGAGGUAAAGGUGGCAGAGAGAAGCAGUACCGGCUUUGGUUUGAUCCCACUCAAGAUUACCACACCUACACCAUCAUCUGGAACAGAGAUUGGACCUUAAUCCUUGUCGAUAACAAGCUGCUCCGGCAGAUCAAGAAUAAGUUGAUGUAUGGUGUCCCAUACCCAUUCUAUCAGCCAAUGAGGAUGUACGCCACCAUCUGGAAUGCCGACGACUGGGCAACGCAGGGUGGGCGGGUCAAGACUGACUGGUCACAAGCACCAUUCACCGCAUACUUCAGGAACUACAGGGCCACAUCCUGCACCUCCUACCAGAGCUCCUCGAUUUGUGGCGAGGGUUCAACUAGCCCCAGAGGUUGGCUCAACCAGGAGCUGGACGAGACACGGAAACAGCAACUGCGGGAGGUGGAUUCUAAGUACAAGAUCUAUGAUUAUUGCACUGACAGAAAGAGGUUCAAAAAUGGGUUCCCUGCUGAGUGUAUGGCAGAAUAGAGGUGAUUCAACUAGCAGAUAGAAAGGGUGAGAGGUGUAUUGGAUGAUUCAGUAAUUCAGUGCAUUCUUUUCAAGA